AUGGAGAAAGUCCAAAGAAUAUCAAUAGAAGAAUACGGAGUUCCAAAUGCUGCUGAAUACUCAAAUCUUCAGUUCAACAAAUGGGACAUAAAUAGAUUCCGUAAAAAUUUAAAAGUGAAUAUAGUGAGACAGUCGGAUGACAAACGGGAGCUAGAGUUCGACAUGAUUGGUUGUACACCAGCAUUGGCAAAUGCAUUCCGUCGAGCUUUGCUGAGUGAGGUGCCGUCGAUGGCCAUCGAGAAGGUUCACAUCUUGAUGAACACCAGUCUGCUCCAGGAUGAGGUUUUAGCUCACAGACUGGGCCUGUUGCCGCUGAAAGCCGACCCCUCGCUGUUCGAGUAUUGCACAGCUGAUGAAAGACUCGACGACGAAGCUGAGAUGAACGACAGAACCACUCUCAAGUACGAAUUAAAGGUAAUUUGCUCAAAGAAUACUAAGCCGAUAAAAGACUCGCGACUUCCUGAGGACAUUUACCACCACAGCAGGGUCAAAAGCAACGCCGUCAAGUGGAUUCCUCUGCAUAGGCAGUCUGAGAUGUACCCGAAUGGCGAAGAAUUGUUCGGAAUGCUGGAGGAUGACAUUCUGAUCGCCAAAAUGGUCCCCGGGCAGGAAAUCGAUGUGAUACUCUACGCUGUUAAGGGAAUUGGAAAGGACCACGCAAAGUUCUCGCCUGUCGCGACUGCCAGCUACCGUCUGAUGCCGGCAAUCACCCUCAAAAGGCCCAUCUUUGGACCCGAAGCAGAACUCCUCAAAAGCUGCUUCAGUGAAGGGGUCAUUGAACUGGUGAAAAACAAAAAAAGAGGCGAACUUGAAGCGCGAGUCAAAGAUCCACGGUACGACAGCUGCUCGAGAAACGUAUUCCGGCAUGAGUCAUUGAAAAAUAGUGUCAAGCUUGAACGUAUUGCGGAUCAUUAUAUAUUUAAUGUAGAGUCGAUUGGCGCUGUCGAGCCUGGAGUUUUGUUCCUGCAAGCUGUCAAGGUUCUCAAAGACAAAUGUCGCACUUUCUUGGACGAACUCGAUUCAAUUAAUUGA